AUCAUAUCAAUCGGAACUCCUCGACUCCUGCACUCUAUAUAGAGUGCGUUCGAUGUCGACGAUCCCGUUGUUCUCGUGCUCCGUUCUUAGAACAAUCUAAUUAAAAUUAGAUGUUAGAUCCGCUCGCGUACUCGCAUACAUGCGAGCGGAUCUAACAUCUAAUUUUAAUUAGAUUGUUCUUAGAGUCGCCAACGACGAGAACAUGUGCGCACGAACGUGUUAAUUUUUCUUCGACCACACUACAUACAGAGAUGGUGUGGGUUCUUGCACCUCGAACCCGUUCUCGGGUUGCAUACUCGGCGUUCGGGAUCGAUGGGAUAUUGUACUCGUGCGAAGAACGGAGAUCUCGAACGCACUCAAAGUCGAGUGCAGAAAACAUUCGAGGAAUUCCGAUUGGUGUGGUGUAGCAGCGGGGAACCAGUUUACACCAGGUGAAGGUCACUAUACAAAAUAUUCGGAAUCACCUCAGGAACGUCCAUGAACUUUGCUUAGAUGCAGAUCGUAGAAAAUCAAAAUGAAUGUUUUUGCAAAAAAAGCAGCGGUUGGACGUAGGGUGGUGAACGCAUGUUUGAAAAGAACAUUUUACCUGUACACACCCGAACCUUUUCAUCCGUUGUAUGAAAGGGUUCCAGAGUACAAGACGGCAGAGGAAGCCGUUCAGGCAAUUCAGUCCGACAGUCGAGUUUAUGUUCAUGGAGCUGCUGCUACUCCUGUCAAACUGGUGGAGGCCAUGACUGAACAUGGAAAAAAGGCAGGGCUUAGAAAUGUGGAAAUCAUGCAUAUUCAUACAGAGGGGCCAGGAACCUACAAUAAACCUGAAUAUGAAGGAAUCUUCCGAUCGAACUCGCUGUUUCUUGGUGCAAAUGCCCGAAAAGCUGUUCAUGAGGGCAGAGCAGAUACCAUUCCAAUAUUUCUGUGUGAAAUCCCUCAUUUGUUCAGACGGCGAAUCCUAGAUAUUGAUGUGGCUAUGGUAACUGUGGCCCCACCAGAUAAACACGGCUUCUGUUCACUGGGUACCAGUGUUGACUGUACGAGGUCGGCCAUUCAGAAUGCCAAAUAUAUCAUAGCUAUGGUCAACGAGUAUAUGCCCAGGACUUUCGGAGAUGGUGUGAUUCACGAGUCUCACAUUGAUGCCAUGGUAGAGCAUAGUGAACCACUGCAUGAACUCAAACGAGGGGCUUUGUCAGAGGAGGAGGAGCGAAUCGGAAAACUGAUAGCAGAGAACCUAGUGGUAGAUGGAGCCACAUUACAAAUGGGUAUUGGUGCCAUUCCUGAUGCAGUAUUAUCACAGCUUGGUCAUCACAAAAACCUGGGAGUCCAUUCUGAAAUGUUCAGUGAUGGUGUAGUAGAACUUGUUGAGAAGGGUGUCAUUACAAACUCAGAAAAAUCUAUCCUGACUGGUCGGUUGGUCAGCAGCUUUUCUGUUGGCACAAAAAUUCUCUACAAUUUCCUCAACAAUAAUCCUUCUGUAGAGAUGAGAGAUGUAGAAUUUACAAACAAUGUGGCCAUUAUCUGUCAAAAUCCUCGAAUGACAGCCAUUAACUCUUGUAUUGAGGUAGACCUCACAGGUCAGGUGUGUGCAGAUUCCAUAGGAGAGCGACUUUACUCAGGAUUUGGAGGUCAAAUAGACUUCAUCCGAGGGGCAGCAAUUGGUUUGGAUGGGGAGGGAAAAGCCAUCAUUGCAAUGCCCUCAUCCACAAAGAGAGGGGAGAGUAAAAUAGUACCAAUAUUAAAAAGUGGUUCUGGUGUGGUGACAACACGAGCUCAUGUCCACUACAUUGUUACAGAGUACGGUAUUGCCUACCUGUUUGGGAAGAAUCUCCGUCAGCGAGCUUAUGCUUUAAUCAACAUAGCCCAUCCAGACCACAGGGAAUGGUUAGAGAGAGAAUCCUUUGACAGACUGAAAUGUAUGCCCUCACCUUAAGAAACUUCUAGAAUUUGUAAGAGGACGCAUUUUCAAAAUGAACAUAUAUGUUUGUUUUUAGAAUUUACUGUACUGUGUUUCAUUUACAAGCAGCUGUACAUGUAUGUGAUAACAUUUUGAGCUUAUUUUCACUACAUAUUGUAUUAACACAAUUUAUCCAGAAAGCUUAGCAGUUACAGCAAAGGGUCGUAUAUCUCUUAUCAACUUCUUUCAUUUCUAAAACUACUGUUUCCUAGCUUUUUCUGAGGAAUUCUCUGCUUGGUUUUUAUAUACCGGGUCGUAAAAUCACUUUGAUGAAUAGAAAUGUACUGGUUUGCACACAGCAGCUACAGGUAUAUGAGGACAACCCAGCAGACAUUCUGUUGCUGUAUACAUAUAAGCAAGUUCUAAGUGUUCAUGUUUAUCUAAUUGCAUAGGUUUGUAAAACUUAUCUCUGAGAAAUCAAACAAAUAGAAAAUUUUGAAACUAGAAUUAGAUUUAGUUUUUACAGUUUUAUUAACACAUGAAGAUUUACAAUGACAUUGUAAAUUUUUGUAAGUUGAUAUUUGUGACCUAUUAGUUUGGAUACAUGCAUGAUAAGUCGAGAUCCUCAAAAGUCUUUUUUUGGGAGUUUUGAUUUGCAUUAACAAUGCUAUUCUACAUGUACAUCCCUCAUUUACUUGGUAACUGGGUAAAUGCUAAAUAGAUUUUGGCAAGUAUUUUUCUACUUUGUUUAUCAUUUUCCACUCCUUCUGUUGAAAAAAUUUACUGACAAAAUAUAAUUUUUUUUUUUUUUUUACCUGAAGGAUAUUAAAUAUACAUGUACAUGUUUUGAAUUUACAUGGUCUCUAGUGUGGUAUGUAAGGUCUAAAUAAACUGUAAUGUAAUGGAUAUUUUAUUUUUAUGGGAAUAAAGUGUUGGCUAUGUUUUCAGUUGAAUGUUGCGUGAUGAAAUGAUACACAUGUACUGUCAGAUUUAUUUACUAGUACAUGUAUUGGUGUAAUAGAGAAUGUUACAUGGCAGGUCUGUUAAACAAUAUUGCAUACAAGUACUUCAAUGUGUGCAAGGUAUGUAUCGGUUGUACAACAAAUGUGUAUCUAGUUACAUAUAGUAACAUCAUUGUGGGUAACUUUUUGACAUUGCAAAUGUCUCUAGUUACAUGUAGUAGUAUAAUUGUGGGUAACUUCUGACAUGAUAAUUUGAAUUUAACAGAUGAAUUUCUGUAACUCCAGUGGAAGGUUGACUCAUUUUCAACCAAUUUCAUUGUAGAAAAUAUUCAUUAUUUUGAUUUUCUUAUCAUGAACUAUUUUUAAAUGACAUUGAUUACAUAUCUGUAUAUAAAUGUCAUGGUUAUUGCUUUUAUUUAAUUCACUUUUAGCUGUGUUGGUAUAUUAACCUGUAUGUGCAGUUGUUAAUAUUACAUAACUGGACUGACAUGAAUAAAUAUUUAAACUUUUCAAAA